CCUUUUUUGCAAUAAUCCGACUUUACUAAUACAGGAUCCAUGGAAACUGGAGAUCAGCUAAUAGCAGAUGUGUUUACUACACGUGCAAAGGAGCUUUCGGCGGAAGAGAAACAAAAGUUGGAAGAGCAAAACAAACGGCUUGUGCCUGAAUUCAAAGCCAACAAACUGGAAGUGGAUGCCCAGCGGCACUGGGACAUAUUCUACAAACGCAAUGAAACCCGCUUUUUCAAGGAUCGCCACUGGACGACACGCGAGUUCCAAGAGCUACUCGACCAGAGUGACAGCCGAGAUGCAGAAAAGAGGCGUACACUUUUAGAGGUGGGCUGCGGGGUGGGUAAUCUGGUGUUUCCUUUGCUGGAAGAACAGUCCAGUGAGGAGGGCAACGAAGAGUGUGUGCCCUGUGGAAGAUUCUACUUUUACGCCUGCGACUUCUCGCCUCGAGCCGUUGAUUUUGUUCGAGCCAAUCCUCUGUACGAUCCCAGCAGCAUUACAGCCUUUCAGUGCGACAUUACCACGCAACAGGUGCAUGAGCACAUACCUGCUGGCAGCCUGGAUGUGUGCACAAUGAUCUUUGUCCUGUCUGCCAUUCACCCACACAAGUUCGAUGCUGUGGUGCAGAAUCUGUGGCGGCUUCUCAAGCCAGGUGGAUUAGUUCUCUUCAGGGACUACGGGCUGUACGACAUGGCCCAGCUGCGCUUCAAGCCGGGAAACAAAAUCGCAGAGAAUCUGUACGUACGCCAGGAUGGCACUCGAAGCUACUACUUUGCCGAGCAGGAGGUGGCUCAGCUAUUCACGACGAGCGGCUUUGAGGUUCUGACAAAUGCGUACGUCCAUCGGCGAACUCUUAACAUCAAAGAGGGCGUCGAUGUACCGCGCAUCUUUUUGCAGGGAAAGUUCAGAAAAAAAGCAAUGUGACAAUGUGCCAAGAGUGUUACGUAUAUAGUUUUCGAUUUUAUUUUAAAUCAAUAACAUGGUUCAAGUCAACGUUCAAUAAAUAUUUGUAUGCAUGUA